AUGAUUGUGCGACCAUCGUUGCAGAUCAGUGUGGCUUCUGUACCGUCACGCCUGUCCGACAUCAGCGCCAAGUUUGCUUGCAUCCUAGCUGGAAAUGAAGCAGAAGAACAGGAUCUGGUGGAUGUUAAGCUGGCAGCUGCAGCCAUAUCUGGUCGACUACAAAACCAUCCUUUGAUCCAAGGUCUCCUGCUCCAGGUGGCCAGAAUGCUGGAAAAACAAGAACGAGGCAUAUUCACGAUGAGUGGGAGAAGAUCCCAACACACCGAUCUUGAACGGGACCUCGUUCAGGAUGCAGGGAUCCAACUGGCGGUGGCGGCGGGCAACAAUGCCCUCGCCCGUCAGUUUGGGCUCUCAAGCAGGAGUCAUGUCAUCAGCAUGGAGGUCCUGGAGAAGAAUAGCUUGCCGGUGCCUCCCUUGUCCGUUUGCUUCCCAGAUACUUUGCGGCAAAACUGGGUGCUUGUGGACCAGCGAAACUCCAAGGCACAUAAUGCACCGAAGCGUCGCCUCAUGCUGGCGUUUGAUGCUACAUACCUGACGGUGUCACUGGCAUCCAUGGAACUUCAUUCCAAAAGAGGUAUGGUAGGGGGUGUUUGGUCACCAGAUGACUCAGGAAAUGCAUUCGUUGAGUUGAGAGAGGACCUCAAUGUCUCCGAGGUGAGGAAAGCAAGUUCCAUCAUGGAAUUUUUGACUUGGAACCCGUUUGGAAGGAAGAAGUCCCCACUCAGUGUGGCCGCUGUUCCAGUCGAGCAUUCGUUUUCUGGUGUCAACAGUGGCUACAGAGGCAAUCUCUACAUUUGCUCCCUCGUCGGGCAAGUUUGUGCCGAGAACGAUGGAGUCCUGAAAGGCCAUGCCUCGAAGAAUUCGGGUGGGCAAUGCACCUCAUACCUCAGAACAAUCUAUUAUGGACCGUUCUGGGUCGAUUUGGUGCAGUGUCGCAACUACGGCAUGCCAGCGAUGGCUCUGGGUCGGGCGCACCCGAUGUCAGAUCGGUGCCAGGCAUUAUUGAGUAACCCGUUCUUCUAUGUCAAGGAAGACGAACCUUAG